CUUUGCACUAAUUUAUGCGAACGAAUAUUAAUUAUACACUUCACAAUAUAAGCACCGGCCGCGUCGAAAUCAUGAUUCGCUCAUUCAUGCAUAUUUCUCUCCUCCAUCUGCGGCUCACUACCCAUAAUGAGUGACCCUGGCUCCCCCUCUCCCGCUGAAGUAGAGAAUCUCGUGGUUCUUUUCGUGGGUUUUGCGUUUGCAACUUUCUUAUACGGCUUGACGUUCUUUCAGAUGUACAUAUAUUUUUCUCGAUACUCGAAUGAUUAUACAUGGACAAAGAUCUUGGUUGGGACACUAUUUGUCCUGGAUACCACUUCAACUUGCCUAGUAUCUGACCUGCUAUAUCACUAUCUGGUAACAAUGUUCGACGUGACAAUGGAUGUCCUCUAUGCAACACCAACUUUUUGCAUACAAUAUCUCCUUUUGGUCAUUCUCGCUCCAAUCGCGCAGUUAUUUUUCGCUAGUCGACUUUAUACUGUUUGCGGUGGUCCUACGAGUAUCACUUCGAGAUUCGUCGGCACGGUAGUGCUAUUCUGUGCCUUCAUCGCUUUUGUUUUCGGCUUAACUUCAGUAGGGCAAUUCUUCCAGCAAAGGCAGUUGUCCACAUUCGCUUCGCCCUCCAUGGCAGUGAGUGUUUUGGUCAAUCAAGAGGAUUCUUACCCGGAAUUGCAGAUCAUCGCUGGCAUCAGCCAAGGCUUCGCAGCACUCGCGAACAUCAUCAUUUUUAUUGCGAUGUGUUGGUCAUUGCGUCCAGCACGUUAUCCGGACAUGCUCCAGCCCGAGGGGGUGGUUGAAAACCUUGUUGUGCUGUUUGUUGGCCGUGGCCUGGGACUCGCCAUCAUUCAGCUGGCGUAUCUUGGCACAUUUGUUGCAUCACCAGGAAAACCAUAUUGGAUAGCAAUCCAGAUGGUGACCCCCAGGAUUUACGCCAAUAUUGUCUUGGGACUCUUAACCACCCGGGAAGUCAAACACGGCGUCGGUCUCAACGAAGAAGACACCUUGUCUGAUCGACAUGAUUCCCAAAACGAUGCUUUCCAAGGCUCGCUUCGCUUCCGCGACAGAAAAGCAACGCAGCAGUCAUCGACCUUUUCGCAACAAGGGGAGAACAGCAGGAGUACCGAAAUCGAAGAAGCAAGCAAAUCAUAUCCCGAUGAUCAGAACUCGACGUCCCCUGAUUUAUGCAGAGGGAAGCUUGUCAUGAUCCGGAAUUUGCGAUUCGCUGGUCGCACGCCUAUUGAUAUCAUUGUACUAAUCGUCGCUGUCGUCCCUCCCGCACUCGCUUUCGUUGCUUUCGCUGCUCGCACUCACUUGUAUCAUAUUGCCGUCGGUGCUACAGUCGACUCGGUGCAUACUCUACAUUAG